AUGCCGCUUGAUACCCUUGCCACGGAGUUACUUCUCCACAUAUUUCACUCCUGCAAUUCUCUUGCCGAUGUCUUGAAUCUUUCCCUCACCUGCCGCCGUCUCCAAGGUGUAUUCUCUUCCUCGCAAAAGCUCGCCAUUCUCGCCAACGCAGCUGAGACCGAAUAUGGACCUCUGGAGGACAUAAUACAGUUGGUCACUCAGAAUGCCAGCCAACCAGCUCAUAUACGCCGUGAGGCACCGAUUUCCAUGUCCUUGAUCCAACAGAUCGUGGACGUUGGCCGCGUUGCCAAGAAAUGGGAGGAGAUCUAUCCUCUUAAGAAGUGGAAAGUGGAUUUCGAAAACCGUCGAGUCUUGGAUUUUCGAGAGCGUUUUAUACUCCGCCGCGCUGUGUACCGUCUGUGGCUGUAUUCGAGAGCUUUCCACUGCCAGCUAUUUCCGCGAACUAGUCGCACUUUACCCUCCAUCGUCCAUGAGCGCGCCGAACUCUUGCAAAAUUGGUCCACAAGCGAAUUAGCUGAAAUUGAGGAUUUUCGGUUGGUUAUGCGCGAGGUUAUGCAGAACCAGAUCUGCCCUAGCAAUGACACAAUCCAGCGAAAGUGCCGUAAAAGAUACCCAGAAAGGAUGCCAGCCUCUACCAAUAUCCACUUAAGCUCCCCCUCAUUACUGAUGCCUUCCACUCAGUUCGCUAUAGUAGACUCACAAUCUAAACAUGCGUUUGCUUCUUCCAUCGACAAUGGCCUUUUCCGCAGCCUUGCACCCCGCAACCAUGGGCGAGCCAUCGGCGUCAUCUCCACAGUGAACAAAUAUGCCACCAAAUUCCGUUCUGAUCUCUACCAUGAGCCAGGAGCGGAGGGAUGGGGUGACCAAAUCAGCCACUACUAUGUUGUAGAGGAUAUGAUGAAACUGGACCCAUCUCAGGUAUUAUGGUUAAGAGAAAACGCCACUUUCAAGGAGCAGGUAGAAAGCUAUGUUCGAUGGAUAGGUGACUGGUUUGAGAACAAUGGCGAGACCUUCGGGCAGACGCUAGAAUGGGUAAUAAGUGAGCGUGGAGAUGACUACAUGGCCUUUCAUUUUUCAAUUGUAGACGGGGAAGCGGGUAUCGCCAAGGCGAAGACAUGA